AUGCGGUGCGGGCGCGGCCGCGCUGCAUGCGGGCACCGCGCGCUUAACGCUCCAACGGAACAGCUUUACACCAGUCGCUACUUGUCGCACAAAGGCACCGACCGCAUAAGCAGGCUCCUAAGCUGCACGGAACGUCCUUUGGCCAAGAACAAACGGAAAAAAGCUCAUUCGCCCGCGAUUCUCUGCCCGUUAUUUGAAAUGAACACUGAUGAGUUUUGCCCAUUCUCACCGCUAGAAAGUUGUAUACGCCUG